AUGUCCUUUCCACAUCAACCUCACAUGCUGUUGGAGAGGACAAUCUUUGUGCCCUUUGAAAGCGGCAUCAGUGGGGCACUUCCCAACUCCAAUUUGGCAUACCUUGCUUGCCACAAUGGCCAGACAAAUUGGGGGCCAACCAGUGUGGAAGAAUCAGGGCGAGGAUCGCAAAGCACUCAAAUCAAUGAAGCUCAGAAACACGGCCAGCCCAACAGUGUUGGCAGUGCUGGGGUGGCUCAACGAAACUUCUUCCUUCUGUGGGGGGCCAGAUGUUGUCAUCUGCCAUCUCUGCGGUUUCUGCACAGUUUUAUGGCAUUGCAAGACGGUGCUGGGCUAUGUGUGCUCUCCGUGACCACUGGCUUUGUUCUCCUGAAUUCUGUGUGUGUCAGCAGUCAAAUGGAGCCUUCGCCAACAGUGCCAGCCGCCCCACUUGAUAGGCUACGAGUUACAACCAAUCCUGGCACACCAGCAGAAAUUGGUGCUUGGCGCAGCUCCACUCCUUUUGCCGAGUCUGCCCUCCGACGCAGCCUUGAGAAGGCUGAUGUGGGCGAUCAAGUCAGAAUCCCUGCUCCAGGGGAUGUGGAUUAUGUGAGGCCCCCUUCUGCAGGGACCACAAGCCCGUCUCCCCUGCCAUGCUCCCCUUCCCCUGCCCAGCCAUUUGGUGCAGCUGAGGGCCAGAGCGGUCCACCUGGACUGCAAUCUCAGCCCUCCCUCACUUCAAUGGUGGCUCAGCAGGCUGCACCAUCUCCACAGCCGCAGUCGCCAUCCCCACAUGCGGUUGCAUCCAGCAACAAGGAAAUGGAGAAGACAGAGCAGAGUGGCGCAGAUGUUGCUGUGGAAACUGCAUCACAGACUCCGCAACCUGGCCAGCGGACUCCAAAAGCCAAACACACUCGAAAGGACAGCGAUUCAGCAUCCCAGAAGGCGCCCAAGGCAAGUGCUGCCACUGCCAGUGUGGCUAGUGCAGCAGCGGAAAAGUCUGGAGAGAAGCAGCAAAAGUCCUCUAAGAAAACUGGGGCAAAACCAGCUCAGAAGGGUGCAGGAAAGCAAGCAGGCAGUGGCGGCAUCAUUGUGGCCCAGCCCGCCAUGCUGUUUGGCCACCUACAAGAAUACAAGCAGAUAUCGAAAGCAGAGGUUGUACGAAGACCUGGAACGUGGGAAUUGCAUCCAGCUAUUCUUCAGCUGGGGCUGCAGUUUGCAGAUGGGACAGUGCGUGGCGGAAAUGCCAGGACAGCAGCAAUGUUGGAAGCAUUUGUCCAGGUUGUGCAAGAUUUCAGAAGCAUCGAUGGGACCUUCCAACCACGAGAGCUGACGGCCGUUUUGAGUCCGAACAUCAACUUCCUGGUGGAGUGCCGGCCACUGAACAUGAGCAUGAAGAAUGCCAUAAAGCACGUGAAGCUGAGAAUUUCGAAGGUCGAUCCUGGCAUACCUCUUGGAGAAGGCAUAUCCUGUGUGGAGGAAAUGAUUCGGCAGUAUGCACAUGAGAGGAUCACAGACGCUGUGCGUGCCUUGUCCCAGCAUGCUGCUGAAAAGGUUCGCGAUGGGGAUGUGAUACUGACAUUUUCAUGGUCGAACACCGUGAUGCGAGUUCUGAAGGAGGCCAAGACAGAACUCCAACGUAGCUUCCGCGUCGUGGUGGUCGACUCUCGCCCUGAGUUGGACGGCCAAAGAAUGCUCCAGGAUCUUGUGAAGGAGGGCAUCUCCUGCACAUAUGCCUAUGUAAAUGCAAUUUCGUGUGUGAUGAAAGAAGCAACGAAGGUCGUCCUGGGUGCCUCAGCAGUGUUGUCCAAUGGCAGGGUCGUGGGUCGCUUAGGCACGGCUGCAGUGGCGAUGAUGGCACAUGCCCACAACGUCCCAGUGAUUGUCACCUCCGAAACUUGCAAGUUUCAUGACCAGGUCCAGCUGGAUUCUUUCACGCAGAACGAGCUUGGCGAUCCGAACAUGAUCAGCACAGUGGAGACGCAGCCGCACAUCGACGGCCUGAAGGGCUGGCAGGACAAAGAGAAGCUCAGUUUGCUGAAUCUAAAGUACGACCUGAUGCCAGCAGAAUACGUGAACUUGAUCGUCACUGAGCUCGGGAUGAUCCCCACCACGAGCGUGCAGGUUAUUCUCAGGGAGUAUAAGCAGGAGUCGUGA